UUCUCGUUAGUGACUUUCACGAUCUCUCUUUAACAUUCUCUCUCCUAUAACACGGAUCACCACAUGACUCUAUCAUCUCCUCCUCCUUCUUCCCCUUAACACAACCAAAAAAUCCCGAAACUUUUGUUCCCAUUCUCUUCUCUCUCUUUUGAUUAGAUCGAUCCCACAUUGUAAGUUUUCUCAAGGCUUGAGGGAGGAAGCGAGUUGAAUUUUGAUUUGAUUAAUGUCUUUGGUAUCUGGAGCUGUAUCUGGUUCCAGGGACAUGGACAACAAGAAGAAUGAAGGCACAGACGACGAGGGCGUUGGAUCCGUGGGGAGACAGAUGAGCGAGUCUUCUCUUAGCGCUGCCGAGGAAGAAGAAGACGAUGAUUCCAAAUUACAUUUGGGCCCUCAGUACACUAUCAAGGAGCAUCUCGAGAAGGACAAAGAUGAUGAGAGUCUGAGGAAAUGGAAGGAACAGCUUCUUGGAAGUGUUGACGUCACCAACAUUGGAGAGACACUUGACCCUGAAGUGAGGAUCAUUAGCCUGGCCAUCUUAUCCCCUGGAAGACCAGACAUUGUUCUUAUGGUACCUGAGAAUGGGAAUCCAAAGGGGAUGUGGUUUACUCUGAAAGAAGGGAGCAAGUACUGUUUGAAAUUCACAUUUCAGGUUAACAACAACAUUGUCUCUGGUCUUAGGUACACCAAUACUGUUUGGAAGACUGGUGUUAAAGUGGACAGAGGAAAGGAAAUGCUUGGAACCUUUAGUCCUCAGUUGGAACCAUACAACCACGUGAUGCCUGAAGAGACCACUCCUUCUGGCAUGUUUGCUAGAGGAUCAUAUUCUGCAAGAACUAAGUUUCUUGAUGAUGAUAACAAGUGCUACUUGGAGAUCAACUACAGCUUUGACAUCCGUAAAGAAUGGCCUGCGGUUUGAAAUGAAACUCCAGAACAAAUUCUUCUGAGAUGAAGCGUUGUCAGUAGAAAGUUGUGUUUGUUUCACUCCCCAUCUCUUUUUUUUUCUUUUUCACCUGAGAACAAGAACGACAGAUAGUUCCUUCCUCUUUGAUCUUGAUUUUAGUAAUGCCGUUUGAUGGGAAUCAGUAUGUGUGGUUUGUUCUCAAAGUAUGUUUCUCCCUAUGCUUCUUAACAAGUGUUUGAUUGAUGACUAUAUGAUUGUGUUGGAUCCUGAGAUGUAUAAUUAUUAAUUGUCUCAGUCAAAAGCUGAAGAAGAGAUAAGAGUUCUGAAUA